UGAAUCUGCUGGGUAGGAAUCACCGCUGAGGGUUUAGCACACAGUUACCCUCACGAAUGUGCUUCUGCGAUUAGCAAAAGCCAGGUCAAAAUCCGAAAUGAAUUAAAAAGCGCCCCUCCUUUAGAAAAGCGACAGGCCAGUAAACAGCGGCGGGCUCGGCCGGGAGGCGCCAUGGCGGCGGAGGGCCUGGCGGGGCUCCUGCCCGCUCAGACGCAGCUGGAGUACGCGCUGCUCGACGCCGACACCCCUCAGGAGAAGGAGAACCUGGUCUACCAGUACCUGAAGAAGAUGGACAGCCGGGAGCGGGACCUGACGAUACCCGAGCUCGGCGGAGAUCUACAGUGGUUAAACACUGAAGGUCCUAUUUCUCUUCACAAAGACCUUUGUGGAAAAGUUGUGGUGUUGGAUUUCUUUACUUACUGCUGCAUCAAUUGCUUGCACCUGCUGCCUGAUCUCCAUGAAUUAGAGCACCAGUACUCUGAUAAAGAUGGUCUUGUUAUUAUUGGUGUCCAUUCAGCGAAGUUUCCAAACGAAAAAGUUCUGGAUAACAUUAAGAGUGCAGUUUUGAGGUACAAUAUUGUCCACCCUGUAGUGAAUGAUGCAGAUGCAACACUGUGGCAUGAACUAGAAGUGUCCUGCUGGCCAACUCUGGUCAUUCUUGGGCCUCGUGGAAACAUGCUGUUUUCACUUGUUGGAGAAGGGCACAAAGAGAAGUUGUUUUUAUUUACUUCAGUAACACUGAAAUUCUACAAGGAGAGAGGACAAAUUAAAGAUAACAGUAUUGGAAUAAAGCUAUACAAAGACUCUCUCCCACCUUCUCCCCUGCUGUUUCCUGGCAAAGUGACAGUAGAUAAAUCAGGAGAAAGGCUGGUAAUAGCAGACACUGGACAUCACAGGAUUUUGGUCACUCAGAAAAACGGGCAGAUUCUACACACUAUUGGAGGUCCAAAUAGUGGAAGAAAAGAUGGGAGAUUUUCAGAGGCAUCUUUCAACUCACCACAAGGCGUUGCUAUAAAAAAUAAUGUUAUUUACGUAGCUGAUACAGAAAAUCAUCUAAUUAGAAAGAUUGACCUGGAAUUAGAGAUUGUGACCACUGUAGCAGGCAUUGGGAUACAAGGUGUUGAUAAAGAAGGUGGAGCAAAAGGAGAAGAACAGCCUAUCAGCUCUCCUUGGGAUGUGGUCUUCGGAAAUUCAGUUUCAGGGACCCAGGAAGAUGAUGUUUUAUGGAUAGCAAUGGCAGGCAUUCAUCAGGUAUGGGCUCUGAUGUUGGAAGGUGGAAAACUUCCAAAGGGAAGUGAUUUAAAGAAAGGAGUCUGUCUUCGAUUUGCUGGGAGUGGAAAUGAAGAGAACAGGAACAAUGCAUACCCUCAUAAGGCUGGCUUUGCACAACCUUCUGGACUGUCUCUGGCUUCCGAAGAGCCGUGGAACUGCCUUUUUGUAGCAGAUAGUGAGAGCAGCACUGUGCGAAUGAUCUCUCUGAAAGAUGGAGCUGUGAAGCACCUUGUAGGAGGAGAGAGAGAUCCAUUGAAUUUGUUUGCCUUUGGUGAUGUGGAUGGAGCAGGCAUAAAUGCCAAGCUGCAGCAUCCCCUAGGAAUAACAUGGGACAAGAAAAGAAAACUGCUGUAUGUGGCAGAUUCCUAUAAUCAUAAGAUUAAGAUUGUAGAUCCCAAAAUGAAGAACUGUGCUACCCUGGCAGGCACGGGAGAUGCAGGCAAUGUUAUUGGCUCCAGCUUUACACAGUCGACUUUCAAUGAACCAGGAGGUUUGUGCGUUGAAGACAAUGGCCGUUUGAUGUAUGUUGCAGACACAAAUAAUCAUCAGAUUAAAGUGCUGGAUUUGGAAACAAAAAUUCUAUCCAUGUUGCCUAUCCUGAAUCCAGAAACCUGCGAUGUUACAGAUAACCUGGCUGUGCAAAAGGACCAAAUAGCAAACCUUCCGAAACUGCCGAAAUCUGCUCCAAACAUUCAGCUUCCUUCACUGAGUGCAGCUCCCGGUCAGACAAUUCAGUUUCUUUUGAAGUUGACUCUCCCUCCAGAUUCAAAAUUGAAUGAAGAAGCACCUAAUUCCUGGUUUAUCACAGCAGAAGAUAAUAAUACAUGGCUGCUUCAAGGACAGUAUCUGUCUGGAGAAAUUAAGGAUGUUUCCUGUCAAACUGUCAUUCCCUUUCAGCUACCAAGAGUCUGUCUAUCAGCUGAAGCUGUCCUGGCUAUCAAAGCGUGCCUCUACUAUUGCAGUAAAGAUAGCAGUGCCUGCAUGAUGAAAGGAAUCUCAUUCAAUCAGCCUUUACAGAUAGGAAGUACAAACCAAGGCAAUUUGACUCAAGUUGAACUAACGCAUUCGUUUUUAACUAACUAGUGCUUGGUAAAAUGAAGCAGAGUUUCUUAGAUUAACGGGAAAAUUUGUAAUCACAACCUCAAUUUCUUUUCAUUACAGUAGCAGCAAUGAUAUCGUAAUGCUCUAGACUUUGUUGCCAAUUGUGAAUAUAUUGGACAUACGCCAUUCUAAGUAAUGAGCAACAAGUCCUUUUGAAAGAGUUAAUAUUGCUUUGUGAUGCUCCUGUAAGAAGUUCUUUGCAUUGUACACAGAAUUACGUGGGACUAACACUUAUAGAUUCCCUUUGUGCCCUUAAAUUUUAACAGGAUGUCAAAACUAAUGGUUUCUUUCUCGAGGCUGCAAAAGAAGCAUCUUGCUUGCUUUUCUGAACAGCAUCUAUGGCACAUGUAUUUUGAAAAUAUAUCUUAAAUUAAGUGUAGCUCUAAUAUUAUUUAAGCUGAGUGUUUUGCUGAACUCAAAUCUGACUGCCUUAUAUGAAGAGGACAGCUUCAUGGAAAAAUUCCUGUGAAAGGAAGUGUUUAAGUUCCUCCAAAAAAAUCACACUGAUUUCUAACAAAGAAUGUGCCUCUCUGAUGUAUAUGUAUAUUUGUAAAGAAAAAAAGUCAUAAAACCAUGCUGGAAUCUUUCUAAUAUGUACUGAUUUACAUUUUAUGGUAAGUGAUAGAAAAUGUUUGAUUAUCUAAACUGCAGAAAUUAAAUGCCAUCCAUUUCAAGCAAGUGAAUCACUUUCUCACGUCUACAAUUUCAAUGUAAAACAUUGUCUGAGGACUUCUUUCUUGCAAACUUAAAAUAUUUGGAGUAAUACAACCCUCUUGAAGUCUGAUUCAAAGUUGUUUGAAGUUGCUGUUUGUCCUCUCACUCAUUUGUUACGGUGGCCUCUGAAUGAGAGCUAUACCUGUGAUAAUAUCAUGUCUGGAGGUUCUGACUGUUUGCUAGAAAGCUGGUGAUUUCAUCUUUGAGUGAAAUGCUUUGAAACCGUGUUCCAGAACUCUGCCUUUGGUGUUUCAAUGUUUUGCAAGUAAAAUUUGAUCAAUUUGCCAUAGCAAAUACCAGGAAGGAUGUGCGAGUGUCUUGCCCAAAUUGGAAGGAUUUCCACAGUGCUUAAGUGGCAGCUGGAUUAGGGUCAGUGCUCUGAUUAUGAGGAUCAGUUCUGAGAAGAUGAAUUGGUUUUUAAGUUGGAAGAUAGUAUUUUUGCAUUGAGUACGAAGCAUGAUAGUGGAAGAAUUUUUAUGUGGUAGUCUUUUCUAAAGCAGUCGCCAUGGUUCCUGACACUUGUCAGUAAUUCCCCAGUAUGAUUUGUUGUUGAUCCUUCUUAAAAGCUGACUGACACGUCGGUCAUGAACUCAAAGGGCUUUUGUUUUGGGGGGACCAUAUGGAUUGGUGUGUUUUUUCCUUCUAUUGAAGUGCCAGCCUAUCUGUGAGUUCUCUGUAGUACCAGAAAUGGUGAUUAUCUCACCACCUGUCAGCAAGCUGAGGACUGAACUAUUACUUCUCUUGUGGUUUUUUUGUUUGUUUGUUUGUUUGCUUUUUAAAAAUCAUUUCUUCUAAUUCAGUCUUUCAGUUCCUUUGGGAAAGCCUCACAACCUCAUAUGCCAUUCUGAAGAAGGAUAGAGCUUUGCUACUUUGUUCACAGAUUGCAAAUGCUGUUAGAAGGAUGAAACUGAAGAACUUGAUUGGAGCAUUUAUCAUUCCUUACAUUUUAUUAUAGCUCCUUCAGAUUUUUUUGGUGUUUAACUUUGGGUGGUAGCCAGGAAACCUUAGAUCAGCUUCCAGCUAGCUCACAGUUUUUCUGCUGCUUACUGAAAAAAAAAACAGGCAUUAGUUUCAGAAAUUCAGAAUAACAAAUCAAACUCUUAAAGUUACCUUGAGUACGUAACUCAGCGGAUAGACCAAUGUAGUGUAAUUUUAGUUGGAAAUUAGAGAAAAAAAAUCAGUUUCAGUUGGACAAGAUCACAAAAUUCUCUGGUACUCAGGAAAAAAAGCUGCAACAAAUAUAAUCUAAAUCAUAUUUUUUUAAUUAAAGAAUUGCUGUAGGGAAAGGCCAUGUAUUCCUAACUUUAUUUACCUACAGCAUCUAAUGUUGAAAUAUAGUAUUGUAGAUACAUUUUCUAUCUAAAUAUACAUCUACCAACAUGUGCUUAAGGGUCAUGUGUUUUUUCUUUUCAAGAUUCAACUUCUAGUUACUAUAAGUAGGCACAUUCACAACCAUUGUAAACUUAUUGGAAAGGAGUGGUAGCAGAUAGUAGGAAAACUGUUGCAUAAGCAUCCAGCUGACAUCCAGGCUCAGACUUUAAAGGACCUUUAAGUAUUUAGUCAUAGCCAAAUAGUUGCAUUUCAAGGAAAACUAUAGGAAUAUGUGUUGGAUUAUUUUAUUUCUCUUUUAAGUCUGUGUCUUGCAGCAGUUGAGUGAAUCCUGUAUAAACAAGGAGUGUAUCCAGUACACACUAGGGACGUACCAGAUUCAUGCCAUUGUUAGUACAUUCCCUGUUACUGCAGUGUAAUGACUAACAGAGGCAGAAGGUGUGAGACCACCUCAGAAAUGCAUUUGUCUUGUUACUUACAAAGAAAAGAUGAAUGUCACGAAAUGCUUUCCCCACCUGCAUCCUGUAAGUCCUGAACCCCUUUAGAGUAAAAGGGAGAGCUUAACCUGAUCUAUCUUCAUGGCUUUCCCACAGGGACACUGCUGUAAUAAUUCUCCUUUGUGGUCUUAGGAGCAGCUGAUUCUCAGUGUGCUCCAGUUCUCCCUGAUGAAGUUACCAGAGUUUUUCUGAUCCUCACUCACUGUGUGUGUUCACUAUGACUGGCAUCUAUCACGUUAAGCCUGACACUAUUUUGUUUGUCCAGGAAAUAGCAUACGAACUCACCGAGUCCCUACUUAUGUUUCACUCAGCAUCAGUUGAACAGACAUUUGAACACUCUAUAAUUAGGAUAACAUGCUUUUUAAGAGCCUAUGUUGUUGACUUUUAUUCUACAAAAGGGAUGCUGUUUCCAUUGCUUUCUCCAGGGUUUACAAGGUGCUCUUACACUGAAGCAACAACUGCUGUGAAUGUAACCAGACAGGCAAACAGAAUAGCUUGUACAAGCUACAGGAAUUUCAGUUCAGUUACCAGAAAGCAUCCUCAAAAUACUAUUUAGAAAAAUAAGAUAUUUUAUUUCUGUCUCUAAAUACUGAAAAAUCGGAUGGCUGCUGUCCCUUCGUAUGGCAGUUUAGCUUGUAGUAUUUCCUGAUGUAAAAAUUUUAAAUUACCAGUACUUUGGUAUGGCUUAGCACUCCCAGAUUUUGGACUUACAGUGGCAGUAUGUGAUUCAAAGCCUUUUCACAUCAUGUUUUCUCACUGACUUGAAUAGGUUUUGCAUCAGACCAUAAUAAAGUCAUAAAUUACUGUAGCAAAUCUCUAAAGAAUAUUGGUCAUGCUUGCAUUCUACCAUAGAAGCAAGUUCCAAGGCUUUUGCAGUUUUUAGUUCUGGUGUUUGCUUUCCUAGGUCAGCUUUUGUUUGUGAAUGAAUACGUUGAAAGUUCCAGGAGAUGUUUUUAUUUAAUUAGAGCUUUCAUUUUACUAGGAGAAAGAUAAUGUAAUUUCAAGGAAGGAGAGUAAUGUCUCCUCAUAGCUUUUCACAUUGUAUGAAUUCAGUAACAUCUUUCUGUAGUUUGUUCCCCUCUGUUGAAGGAAGAGGAGGAACGCUGACUGCGUGAGUCUGUUGUCGAUGGGCAUACAUUUUAUGCAUUCAUUUUUAGUUGGUUCUUUUUUGUAUCAGAUUCUCUCGUGGAUUUUUGGGGUUUUUCUACUGGAUACACCUCUUCAUAGUUCAUGUUUUGCCUCACGUCUUCCACUUGUAGGGCAUUGUGGUUUUGUAUUACUGUGGUAAUGCGAUACAAAGCAAGUCCAGACCAGAUGAGUAAUACAUGAGAGAGUAGUGUCAUGGAAAUGCCUUAUCUGCUUAGCCUGAGAAAAGGUGCAUAUGUAUAUAUUCUUAAUCCACUUGUUUUAUUCCAGUGAACAAAUCUUGUUGUUCAAACCAUGGGUAAAACUACUUUUUGCGAGAGCAUCAAGAAAAACUUGUUCCUAAUCUCUUCCUUACAGGAGGGAGAUGAUCAGAAUGAAGUGACAGGGGCAUGUCUUUCUGCCCCUUCAGUUACUAUUUAUUUUAGCAAAGAGUGUUGGACUCUUGACCACAGUUUCAAAUUAUCUUGAAUUUUUGAUUCCUAACAAGGUUUACUACGUACACAAAAGCCUUAAAUGUUUGACUUUGUAGAGUUAUUAAUGAGAUAUCUAUUUCUAAAUGGCUUACACUUUGGGAGGAAAUAGCAGAGAUUGAGGUACAUUCUUACUGUCUAUAAUUUCUGAAAAUUACUGUUGCUCUUUACGUCAAAGACACAUGGCACCUAAACUUACACAGAAGUGUGUUCAUAAAUUGUGUGUUGCAAGUCAAGAGUAAGUUUUCUUCUUUGUAUAAUUUAUGAGAGAUGCUGUAACAGGUUGUGUGUGCGUUUAUGUGUCCUCCAAGCUGCGAUUGUUCUGAGAAAAAUUUACCAUGCAUAGCAGCUUAUCACCCACCCUUCUUGACGGUAACUGUGCACUCAAGUCUACUAGAUCAGUUAUAAAAUCUGUUCAGAUUUUAUGUUGGCAAAAAUCUAGUAGUCAGAAUUAAUGAUUUACAUUGGGAAAAGUUUGUCAGAGAUUAAAUGAGCUUCUCUGUCCCUAGCUGGGAAGGUGGCAGAGUGGUAGAAGUCAGUUAUAGACAGUCAUUGCAGAAGUGAGCCCUGGUUAUUUUUUUUAAUUAGACUGCCACAUUUGUCUUUGCAUUGUACAGCAGAUCAUGAAUUUAGAAAUAACAUCUCUAAUAUUUUACAUUCCAUUAUAUUCACAUAACAAAGUUUGACUACUCUCAUCCAUCAGAACUUGCUAUUCCUACAUUUUGCAGAUGUUGUACUGUCGCGUAAAAUCAUUUACUCUUGUUAAGGAUUGGGAUUCAUUCUUACUAAGUAUUCAGUACAGCUAUGUGUGACUUCAGUUUCUGGGUUUGUUCUGAAUAUUAUGGGAGGUAUUCAUUAUGUUUUUGGGUCUGUCUUUUCCUCCGGUAGUUUCCCCAAGAAUGAAACAUGGCCAAUACUUUGUUACCAUAGAGGGAUCCAAGAUUGAUAAUUCCCUUUGCCAACCCAUUGCCCAUCCCCUACUUGUUGUUUAGUUGACUGCUUUGUUGGUCCAUUGCUUUCAAGCACACAAGAGAACUUUUUGUCCAGCUGCAGUACUUUACUUAGGGCUAAGCAAAAGAACUAGAAGAAUCGUUCAGGUCUCUCCUAGUUCAUUUAGAACAUGGACAAUUUUGAGCUGAAGAAAUGAUGCUUGUAGAAAUGUCUACCUUUACUCAGUGCUAUGUAUUCAACAUGCCUCAGGAGAGCUGUGUUCCACAGUGUAUAUUUCUCCUUCUGACUAAAUAUUUAGAAACUCAACCCAUCUCAUAGAGUCAUAGACUGGUUUGGGUUGGAAGGGACCUUUAAGAUCAUCUCGUUCCAAGCCCCUGCAGUAGGCAGGGACACCUCCCUCUAGACCAGGUUGCUCACAGCCCCAUCCAGCCUGGCCCUGAAUGCCUCCAGGGAGGUGACAUCCACAACCUCGUUGGGCAACCUGUUCCAGUGUCAUCUCUGUCAGGCUUAUUAAUAUGGAAUAUAAGUAUUCCUGAUUUGGUUUUAAGUUUUGAAGAACAAGAUCUUGUUCUUUAAGCUUUUGAUGAAACUGAAAUACAUGUUUUAUAACCAUCCAUUCAAGGCACGUGUCCUGAGGGUCCGGCUGGGUGUCAGGAAAAGGUCCCUUCCAAUUUGGGAUAUUCUAUGAUUCUAUAACAGAAUUGCUGAAUAUUUUAUAUAUUGAGUAUCUAACUUCACGUGUACCCAUCCUUGCUUUUAAAGGAGAAUCAGUGCAUUUAAAUCUUUCUCUUCCAUAUAUCAUCAAGUAGUUGAAAAACUGCAACAAGGUGAAAUUCAGGCUCUCCAAGGAUAGCAGUAGGUGUCUCCUGGGACAGUAGUUCAGCCCAGUGUGACAGAAAUUCUGUGUUUUCAUUGCAUCAGGAUGACUGAAGGAAAAAAUCAGUGCCUUGAAUAAAAAUACUUGAACGUGUGUCUUCAUAGAAAUGCUGGAGUACUGAAUGACAUAAGGUAUUUAUUUGACCUUCAUGAUUUGUGAGUUUGGGCUUUGGUUUUUGCUGGUUUGUUUUUUAACUCUGCUAAUUCUGAAGCUGUAAAGAGUUUUACUUCACUGUUAUGUCUUUGAACCACGUCAAAGUGAAGGUGCUUUUUGCUCAAGCUAGUCUUAUGGAGUACUUCACUCUCAAGUCUUUUUCUCAAUCUUGCGAACAUACUUCUGGAGCUGUUCUUAAGUGUGCAUAAGAGAGAGGAGUAAACUUGGCAGGGUGAUUUCAAACAUCUUGCAGAAAUUGCAGUGCAAGUGAGAUGGAGGGCAAAGCUUUAGGUGGGCAAGGAUGAUUCUUGGUAUUUUAGGGGCAAGGUUUUGGUCUUUUGGGGUUGGGGUUUUUUUUGUUAUUUUUUUUUUCCUCUUCUGCAGAUUGGCAAAGAUUAUUUAAACGGCAGAGGUCUGUGUAUAGAGGCAGCUAUGGGUCAGGUACUCUCACUGUGAAAUUAUAUCACUUCAUUUAGGUUCUGAUGCUGGCAUGUCUUAACAUUCCAGCAGUAGAACAGUAGCAGAUCAAGUCACAGUCAAGCACUUAACACCUUAAUAAAUGUCUCUAUAUUGUUUAGGUGGAAAGAUGGGGAUUGUAUUUUCUUCCUCGAAAACUUCAGUGUUGCUUUGAGGACAUGGGAUUCUUUUUGCCUGCCCUUUGGGAUACUAAACCUCUGUUUUUGCAUUGUGUGUGUUGUAAAGCCUUUCAAAUAUUUGGACAUUUAAAAGAUAUGUUUUGUAUUUGUUGCUGCAAAGUAUGGGAAGAAUUAAAACUGAAGGCACUUCAUCCACAGCUUAUGGAGAUGGUGGAGAUCCUUCACAUAAGCAUUACCUAAUCGAGUUCUUAACAAUAUUCAUGGAUUAUGAUCCUUUUUAAGAAAAAGGUAAAUGUCCUGUAAUAUUAGGAGAACAAAUAAAUACACCGUAGAGGAAAUGUCAGCCUCAGAUUUCAAUUAGCAGAUGAGCAGCUAUUGAGGAAUGUAUUCUUACUCCUGUGAAACCUCUUCCUCCUUGUAAAGCUUUUUCACGGAAAAAUAAACAUUACAAAUUUUAUCUUUC